AUACAAAUAAAAAAAUCAUGUUAUUUAGCCACCAAUUGUCUAUAAACUGGUUCAACUUACCAGUGACCACCACCACCACCACUAUCAUCAUCAUAGUCUACAUAAGCUCAUUGAUGAUACCGACACCGACCUAUGCCUACUGUCACCGUGAAUGGUGCGAUACGGAUACUGUACUGAGAAUACCGGGAACCUAUUGUUCAACUAAUGGUGAUUGUUGGCACAAUUCAACCAAUAGUGUUUAUGUGGAUAGUCUAUGCUAUUGUCAACCAAAUUAUAAGUACAAUCGUUUGAACAGUUGGAACGGCUGUCAGAGAUACUGGUGUCAACAGAGACCGCACCGGUACUCGGAUUGUCGACCCCAUCACGACUACUACAGAUACUGUGAUCGUACGUUCGGUCAGUGUCGAUGCGAACGGGGUUAUCAUGAAAGUCCGUCAUUUGAUGGCAUGCAAUGUAUUGAAGAUGGCUUUGACCACGACUGGCGACAUCGUUAUGAUAAUGAUUAUGAUUAUCCAUAUAAUGAUAACAACUACAACAGCACCGGUAGUGUUAAUGGUAAAUGGUAUGCUAUUUCAGGUGCCAUUUUUAUCAUAGCAAUAGUAAUGGCCGGGAUAUUUGUUUUUGUAGUUGUCAAACACAAUUCAUAGACCCAUUAUUUUCAUAGACAUACUGUAUUUUUUUAUAUAAAAAAAACUUUAUAUAACUUUUUUAACACUUAAUAUUUAUAUUUCAUAAUUGUUAAGUUGACCCCCUCCCCCUCCCCCCAUCCCUAUCAAUUUUUAUUUCU